AUGGGGAUUCGAUUUUGCACAAAAGGCAAUCUUAUUUUAGUUGUAGUCAAGGAAGAGGAAAUAAUUGAAGUGGUGAAGAUGAAAAGGAAACGAAAGGUGAGUCCCCGUGUAGUUGAGAGAGUAAGAGCAGCCAUACAGAUCCAGGCCUGGUGGCGCGGCACCCUGGUGCGCCGGACGCUGCUGCACGCGGCGCUCCGGGCCUGGGCCAUCCAGUGCUGGUGGCGGCUGAUGCUGGCCAGGAAGAUGCGCCAGAAGCGGAGGCUGGCCCUGAUGAGCUACGUCGUCCGAGAGCGGGCGGUGGUCAAGCUCCAGUCUCUGGUCCGCAUGUGGCGCGUCCACUGGCGGUACUGCCAGGUGCUGAGCGCCAUCUACGUCAUCCAGUGCCACUGGCACCGCCACGACUGCCAGACCUGCGCGCUCCUCCGGGGCCACUGCGUCGUCACGGCCACCCACCUGCAGUUCCACAUCGAGAUCACCAACCCCUGA